GGCAUGCAUGCAGGCUAGUGUCUUACAAGACGCUAGCCCUCGAUACCCAAACGCAGCCACAACGCCGUCGACAAGGCUCAUUACCCGCGUUUCACACGCUCCCGCAGCACUACUAACGCCUACAACAGGCUGCGCAUCCAUGCGCAACCUCUGGCUGAUUUUCAUGACCACCCAGGCGGCGCUGCAGCAGGAGGACGACCCGCGCGCGAGCCCAACGAUAAAGCUAUCGAACGGAGUAGUAAUGCCAAGGGUCGGCUACGGCUGCGCCGGCAAAGCCUCCGCAAGAUACGUCGAACGAGCAUUGCGCGAGGGCGUGCGGCUCAUCGACACGGCCCAGGCCGACGAGUGGUACGACGAGGCGGCCGCCGCGGACGGUCUUAGAGCCUCUGGCGUCUCCCGGGACGAUGUGACAGUAGUUACGAAGCUCCACCCGAAGAACCACGGCGCGACGACGGCGCGUAGAUUAAUCGACGAAAGCGCACAGCGCUUCGGCGGGUACGUCGACGUCUUCCUGCAGCACUACCUGGCGUGCUGGGACGGGCUCUGUGGUAAAAAUUGGCGAAAUACGGUAGAGGGCGACUGGCGCGACUCGUGGCGCGCGAUGGAGGCUGCGUACGACGAAGGUUUAGUAAAGGCCAUCGGCGUGUCGAAUGUGGGGCCGCGCGAGGUUGACGAGUUAGUGAAGUUCGCGCGCAUCAAGCCGCACGUCGUCCAGGCGUGGAUGGACCCGUUCCACGCCUCUGUCGAGUUGCGAAAGACCUGCGAAAAACAUAAUAUCCGCUUCAUGGCCUACUCGACGCUGGGGACGCAGUGGUCCAUGCAGGGGCGCGCCAACCCGGUCCUCAGUUCAUCAAAGCUGCGGGAGUUCGGCGACCCGGCGCGCGUCGCUUUAUCGUGGGCGCUGCUGCGGAACGCCGUGGUGAUUCCGCGGUCGUUCUCCAACGAACGGAUCGCGGCGAACGCGCGGCUCUACGACGGCGGCGUGUUGACGGUCGGUCUAGACGCGGCCGCCCUCGAGGCCAUCGACGCGCUCGACGGCACGCUGGAUCAGAGCGAUGAUGUCCAGGCUGUGUUCGCGAACGACGGCGACGAGAACGUGGUGCUCCUCUGGAAGGGCCCCGACGGCGACGUCGAGGUUGGCUCCGCCGCACCGGGCGCAAGCGUCGAAAUCUCGACCUACCGCGGCCACGAGUUCGCCGCGAAACUUCAUAGACAUGAAGAGGCCUUCGCCACCUAUCAGAUAGGCGCAGCGAGGCGCCAGACGUUCCGCGUGCGCGACCCAGAGGCGGGGCCCGACCUCUGAAGACGUCGUCGAGCAGACGCCAGACGACCUAAUUGUUGUGUUGUAG